GCUAUCCAGGAUAUAGCCGAUGAAAAUAAACCGAAUAAUUUUGGAGAUGACCGACAUCCAAAAACCAACCUUUUAUAGAAAAAAUAUUCGCCUUUCCAACAAAGAUCCAGAAACGUCCACAAAUCUCAUCUGACAGACAGUUGCUUAAAAGCAUUUACUACAUCUAACUUACACAUCGAUGUGUUACACCGACGGUUUUCGUUUUGAUGAAAGUGGAACAUUCAAGCGUUUAAAAAGUAGUUGCAGCAAUGCCAAGGUAAGAUCUGCUUCACCUUCAGCAGCUAUCCAAGAUACAUGCUAAAUGUCUGUCGACAUAAAUAGGAUCCAACGAGUCCGAAGGGUAGUUUUUCGACGGGAACAAAACGUUUUAAAAAAGAAGUAGGACAAAUAGCAUGUUGUAUCUCAAAAAUAGAAACUAGAACUCUCUUACGAAGUGUUCAAAUUAAAGCUACACAGGUCGUUCAUUCCUGGCUCAGAAUCCGCUCGGAUUCGACGUCGAAAGACAUCGGAAAGCGACGGAUUCCGACAAAAUCCGUAUCGAUCCGUGGUGGAGUGAAUCGGAAUCCUAUUGCCAGCAUUCCGAUCGAAAAUCGUAUGGAAAGGAUGUGGCUGUCAGAAAUAGCAUCGGAAAGCACUGGAUUUCAUCAGAUUUACGGGUAGUUUUUCUAGCCGUUAAAAGCUAAUAUUUAGCCAUAAAUGUCUUUCUUCUUGUUCACUAUUUAUUUUUGAAUCAGUUCCUGACACUAGCCCAAGGUGUGUGUGGCUGACCGAGUCACACGUCUUCGAACAGCAGUCAGUUUCGAUGACUCGCACUGUUCGCUGCGAAAACUUGGAGAAAAAAUCUCAUGUUUCAUGUUCUACGGCGUUGUAUUUAUGCUAAAAGCACCGAGAAACAAAUCGGUGAAUUUAUUCACCGUACAGAGCAGCAACAGAAAAGAAAAAAGAGAAAAGAAAGAGCUAUGGGUGGAUGGAUCCGUUCACUUCCGACCAUCAGAUUCGAACGGUUCGGUCAGAGGAUCCAGCGAUCGAAUCCAACUUAGUUCCAGACAUUGGAGUAUAACGGAAGGGACAGAAAUUGAACGGAAUCCGCUCACCGGAUUCGGUCAGACAUGAGACAGCCGGAAAUAGUCAGAAUGAAACGGAUCCUUCGGAAUCCGACCGGACGUUUUUCACCUGGGUAGUGCAUAAGGUCAUUAACAGGCAAGCCCCGCACUUUUUAUGUAAAUAUAUCAAAUCCACAGUAAAUUGUUCUUAUACUACGCGACCAAACGAGUUAGAUCUGUUUCAACUGAUCGACGGAAAAACUGAAACGUUUUUAUCUUCCUUUUUUCCAUAUACAAUCAAGAUUUGGAACAUUCUCCCCUUGCACCUGAGGAAAGUUCUUACAUGAAAAGCGUUUGCAAAAGAUUUGUUACAACAUUUUAAACUUGUUAAAACCAUAACGUCUGUAAAGGGAGUAGAUAGAAGGGUAGAUAUAGCUCUUAAUCAGAUGGGAUUUGGUUUUGAACAACGAUCUGCUUAAACGACAUUUGGUUUCUAAUGAAGAGUUUUGCGAGUGUGGCGAAUCCGAGACGAUAGAACAUUAUUUCCUUUCUUGUCGUAGCUAUCGUUUGGCGAGAGCAAGUCUAUUUAAACAAAUAAAACUACGUGAUCUGAACGGUGACAUUGACCUAAAUCUACUACUACUACGAAAGAAUCUAGGUUUUGAAUUGUAUAAAGAUUUUUAUAAGCUUAUAAUACAAUAUGUAAUUGAGACAGCUAGAUUCUAACUGUAACAUUCCAUAAACCUUCCUUCUUUUCAGUUCUCUUCUUAAUUUUUUCUGUUUUUUUCUUCGUGUUAUGUGUUCAAUGUAAGGAAACAUCAUGUUGAACUAUUGUUUAACUAUGUAAUGCUUCGGCACAUUAGGAGAAGAGUUGUUAGGCACAAUUUUAUACACUUAAGUUUGACUUAUGUCUAGACUUAGUUAAGUCGAGCACUUAAGAAUUUUUUAUGAAACACUCUCAAGGAAUCCAAUGUACCGUCAUGCAGCGACAUUGGAUGUGCAGGUGACUCAUCAAUAGAUUUUCGUCUUAAAGAUGACUUCUUUUUUAUUGGCAGAGAUAAAGACUUGUCAAUGAGUCAACGGUAAAAUGCAGUGUGCUCCCUGAUAUGAUAAUAAUAUCGUGACAGAAUAGGGUGAAAUACAAUAUAGCAAAUACAGAAAAAUUCUACUGAUACACUUUAACCCUUUCCAGCCUGAUGUUGCCAUUUGGCAACACUUAUUGCUGUGUUUUCGAAACAGCCGGCUGGAAAGGAUUAAGCGUGUGCUGUUAAUCUGUCACUAUUUUAGCGUAACAGUGAUAUUAUGUCAUACCUUGAUCGUAGCCAGCGCUUAUAAUGAGAAUUAGAAGUGGGUACUUCCAUUCAGGUCCGCCCAGUUUAUACAGACCUAAGAGCCGGAAAAAAUUCAAGACUCUUCCCGUGUAGAGCAUAAAAAGAUAGCUAAACUAAUACAAAAUUGCUUUAAAACAGCUGUAGAGAAAAGCUAUUUCUAGAACGCUGUUGUCUCAAACCGUUAUUGGUCUACUUUUGUCCAAUGAAAAUCCGUAUAUUUUAUGUGAGAAAAGUAUCGCUUAGAAUGGUCUAGCGAGAAACUUAUAGCCGGGUUCGUUGAACAUAAGCAGUUUUGUAUUAGUUUAGCUAAAAAUAAGAUGGUUUGCGUAUUAAUAACUAUUUCGCCUCGACUGAAAUUUUAGAACAGAGUGAAAAUCAGAUGACAACAUGAAAACAGUAAGCGAUAUUUUUGACUUUUGUGAUCCUGAAAAGAGGGUGAAAAUGGGGCGGGCAAAAAAUAUCUCUAAUGCCAAUUUGUAGAGCUCGGCGAGUACUACAAAUGGGAGCAAUAUAAAAAAAUUCUACCGUAUAGUUUUUGUGCUGUGAGACCUGAAAGUUGACUGUUUUUGAAAAGGGGUUUGCAAAGAUGGGCUUCGUACUGAAAGAGGAAGAUACAUAUCGGCCGUAUUCUUUUUCUGUUCGAUUAAUCAGCUCUUUGGCUUCAUUUUUAUCUAUAGUGCAAGAACUUUUUGUUUUGUUUUGCCUUCAGAAAACGGGAAAUACAUUUUUUCAUUUUCGGCCAUUUUGUGACAGCUGGCCUGCUAUUGUAAAAGUAUUAGAAGAAGUUUUAAUAUUAGUAUUUGUACUACUCGAAGUGCUCUUUCGUGUGCUAUUAUUUUUAGAUGAAAUGAAGCUAGUUAUUUGUGUUAUUAUUGAUAAAGAACGAGAUACCAUAUUACUAUGUGAACAACAAUAUAAUCGUGGAUACUGGUUUCCGUAUGACGAAUUGCAAGCAGGAGAAACCCGUUUACUAGCAGCUAAACGUAUUGCCUCAAAGGCUUGUUCAAAUGAUUGUGACAUUGUAACAUUACUGAAAAUACGCUGUAGUGAUCAAUUACCAUGUUUUCAAAAUUUCCAAACUUACUAUCUUUUGAAUCGUGGUAAAUUGACAAGAAAUAAUUCAAUCAAUAUCAAUCAUAUUUGGAUGAAUCUAGAACGUUUGAAAACAGCAAUGAUAAAUCGUGAAUUACUUGGCAUGGAACCGUUUUUCCAGCUGAAAUCGAUAUUGGAGAAACAGCAGUUACAUGAAGAUUAUAUUUCCAAUAGUCAAAUAAUUGAAGAACCAAUGUUACAAUUAAUUGAAUGCAAACAACCCGAUCAGAGUAACCAAACAAACGCAUCACCGCAAGAACAACUCAUAGGAUCUGCUAAAUUCAAUGCUAAACUUCAAGAAAAAAUAUUCAAAGAAUUUAAUUCAUACACAUUUCCAAGUGAAUAUAUGAGUUAUCAAGCGUUUUGCGAAGCAAUGGAUAAUAAAAUUUUGGCAUCCGAUAAACACAAAUUACAACGUUACUUUAGAGCGUUCGAUUCACAACAAAAAUCAUAUUUAACAUAUUUAGAUUAUCUACUAGGAUUAGCAGCAAUGGAUCCGAACACGUCUCAUGGUGGCGCACCUGCUGAGCAAAGAUGUCGUUAUAUAUUUCGGUUUUAUAAUACAACAGAUUAUAAAUUACAGUUAACAGAUUUUCUCAAUUCCGUUGGUCAGUUAAAAUAUCGUGGUACAUCUGUUUUAUUCCGUUUAAAUUCAAGUGUACAAGAUCUGUUACGAGUAUCAAAACGAUAUAUAGAAGCUAAACCAGAUUCUUCAUUUGAUAAAUCAACAUCAAAUCAUCUUUACGAAAUAGCUGAUCAUUGUGUGACGUUGAAAAAAUCGGGUACAUUGGCACAAGUUGAAUCAUUGCGAACAAUGAUUAAUCAAAAUACUGAUCAGUUAAGUUAUACGACCGAAAAUGCACUGAAAUCUAUGCCACGUUCUUCAUCCGAAGAAAUAUUUGAUCGUCGUACAGUAGCAACUGAUGUACAAGAUUCAUUGAGAUAUUUUGAAAAACGGGAUCAAACAAAAGAAGCAUUGACAUGGACACCUAAUUCGUUUGCAAGUUUAGCCAAAUACGUUAUUAAUUUGUGCAGAGAAGUGCGUGAAGUAAUUAAACGUGAACCACGAUGUCUAAAAGUAUCGCCACCUUGCUAUAUUUUAGGCGAUAUUCAUGGGAAUUAUCAAGAUUUGGUUUGUUUUGAAAAAUCUCUAUGGCGUGCAACACUAUUACUAACUCCAGCGUCUUUUGUUUUCCUUGGUGAUUUUGUUGAUCGUGGAACUCACGGCUUAGAGGUUAUUAUCUAUUUAUUAGCAGCAAAAUUUCAAUGUCCGAAAAAAGUCAUAUUAUUAAGAGGCAAUCAUGAAAUACGUAAAGUGCAACAAAUGUUCAGUUUUUAUCGGGAAUGCAUUAUCAAAUUUGGUGAUUCACUUGGUAAGGAAGUGUGGGAAGCAAUUAAUACCGUCUUCGAUGUUUUACCGUUAGCUGCUGUGAUUGAUGAAAAAAUUUUAUGUUUACACGGUGGUAUCCCAAGCUCAGUAAAUUGUUCCGGUGAUUUCAUUACAACAGUGAAUGAAAUACCAAAUCCAUUGAGUGAUCCAGAAAAUGAGAGCCCACUUGCGUGGGAAUUGAUGUGGAAUGAUCCGUACAGCAUUGAUUCAACAAAUCAAGCUCCUGUUGGAGCAACCGGUGGUUUUUUUAAUAAUACAAGACGAAGUACUGGCAACUUUUUCACAACAGAGGCAUUAAUGACAUUUUUAGAAAAAAAUAGUUUUAGUCAUGUUGUUCGAGCACACGAAGUACAACAAGUUGGCUUCAAAGUACAAUUAAAUGGACGAUUAUUAACUGUAUUUUCAUCUUCGCAUUAUUGCGGUGGUACUAAUGAAGCAGCUACGGUGUUAUGUGAUUCCGGAAAACUUCGAUUAAUAAAAUUAGAUACAAUUUGA